GGGAGGCCGCGCUCGGUCUCACUCGCCGCCGCCGGCCCGCGUCCGCGCUUCCUCGCCGCUCCGCCGCCUGCUCCGCCGCCGACCGCCAUGGAAGAGGAGAUCGCCGCGCUGGUCAUCGACAACGGCUCCGGCAUGUGCAAGGCCGGCUUCGCCGGGGACGACGCGCCCCGCGCCGUGUUCCCCUCCAUCGUCGGGCGCCCCCGGCACCAGGGCGUGAUGGUGGGCAUGGGCCAGAAGGACUCGUACGUGGGCGACGAGGCGCAGAGCAAGCGGGGCAUCCUGACGCUCAAGUACCCGAUCGAGCACGGCAUCGUGACCAACUGGGACGACAUGGAGAAGAUCUGGCACCACACCUUCUACAACGAGCUGCGCGUGGCGCCCGAGGAGCACCCGGUGCUGCUGACCGAGGCCCCCCUGAACCCCAAGGCCAACCGCGAGAAGAUGACGCAGAUCAUGUUCGAGACCUUCAACACGCCGGCCAUGUACGUGGCCAUCCAGGCCGUGCUGUCGCUGUACGCGUCGGGCCGCACCACGGGCAUCGUGAUGGACUCGGGCGACGGCGUCACGCACACGGUGCCCAUCUACGAGGGCUACGCGCUGCCGCACGCCAUCCUGCGCCUGGACCUGGCCGGCCGCGACCUGACCGACUACCUCAUGAAGAUCCUCACGGAGCGCGGCUACAGCUUCACCACCACGGCCGAGCGCGAGAUCGUGCGCGACAUCAAGGAGAAGCUGUGCUACGUGGCGCUGGACUUCGAGCAGGAGAUGGCCACGGCCGCGUCCUCCUCGUCCCUGGAGAAGAGCUACGAGCUGCCCGACGGCCAGGUCAUCACCAUCGGCAACGAGCGCUUCCGCUGCCCCGAGGCGCUGUUCCAGCCCUCCUUCCUGGGCAUGGAGUCGUGCGGCAUCCACGAGACCACCUUCAACUCGAUCAUGAAGUGCGACGUGGACAUCCGCAAGGACCUGUACGCCAACACGGUGCUGUCGGGCGGCACCACCAUGUACCCCGGCAUCGCCGACCGCAUGCAGAAGGAGAUCACGGCGCUGGCGCCCAGCACCAUGAAGAUCAAGAUCAUCGCCCCCCCGGAGCGCAAGUACUCGGUGUGGAUCGGCGGCUCCAUCCUGGCCUCGCUGUCCACGUUCCAGCAGAUGUGGAUCAGCAAGCAGGAGUACGACGAGUCGGGCCCCUCCAUCGUGCACCGCAAGUGCUUCUAGACGGACUGCGGGCCGCCGCGCCUGCCGCCUGAGCUGACCGGAAGUUGUUUGCCCUGGCACAUGUACACACCUCAUGCUAGCCUCGCGAAACUGGAAUCGCCCCGCCGUCAGCACCGGGCGCAGGGCUGCCGCUGACCCCGGCCUUGCGCCCGCCCCCUCCAUGUGCAGUGCCCCGUGCGCGUCUUUGGUCUCCAGCCCUUGGCCUGCGGCUGUGCGCGCCCGGCGGGGUCGGCGGGGCGGGGCGGGAGUGGCUGGAGCCGUCAGCGGGGUGGGGUCCGCCGUGGGGACCCCGGUUCUUUUCCUAGCUGGUUUCUGCCGGAGCGCCGCGGGCUGCACCCGCCUGGAGUUGGAAACGGUCUGCAUUUACGCCUGUGAAUUUACUCCUCCUCUAAUUUAUGUAAGGUUUUUGUACACAACUCUGGCUUCUCUGAGAGAUGACAGAUCCUGGUUUUCUACUGUUGAACAUCAGGCCCCGGCGACACUCGUGUAUGGAGAAAUAAAAGUGCUGAGUCA